AUAGAGUUGAGUGUUGGACUGCACCUUUAACGCCUCUGCACGCGCCAUAGCGGUUGUGUCCAAUUAGUGUGUAGGUGGAGCACAGGAAGAAACAGACAGACAGGCAGGCAGGGUUUUUUUUCCAGUUCCUGGACGCGGAGAAAAACGUGUCAAGUUUUCUUCCAGUUGCACAAAGUAAGUCGCAGCCAGCAGCCGGUCGAUGAAGUCCGACGGAGUUGGAGGAAGAUUUCCCGAUGAUUGAAGUAUCGAUACCGUCUCUGGAGAGGGAAGUGGAUGAGUCGGGGAAGUCCAGAAAGCUUUUCAGAGUGGAAGUCUUGUUUCACGGGAGGAAACAUUAUGUGCUCAGAAGAAGCAGCGAAUUCCAGACUCUCCACAGGAAACUCAGGAAGAUCACCCAGACUCCCGACUUCCCGAGCAAAAGGAACCCCCAUCUGAGGACCAAACCAGCGGAGCAGAGGAGGCAGGAGCUGGAAGACUACAUCCAGGAUAUCAUCUAUCAAGACGAAGACGUUCCACAGGUUCUGCUGGACUUCCUCCAUGUGAAACACUUUCACACGGGGAUCAAGAAGAGCAGCAUGGAAUCAGUUGAUGAAUUGGACCGUCAGGAUUACAGUUAUCCGUUACCAAAUCAGCCAGUGUUGGGAUUUCUUCAGGAUCCUUAUCUCUCUGACUGCACAUCAGAUCUCCCAGAUAUUGUUGUGGAUGGGGUUCUUCAGGGUUUUUAUCCCAGGGACGUCCGGGUCAGCUUCACCGCCCCAAUUCUCACAGAGCCCGACCCCACCACUUCGAUAGAGGCCUAAAAUUAUAAUUAGAUGUAAGAUUCAAUGUUUUAAAAUAGAAUAUACAAUACAGUCAAAUACACAAUGCCAGCAAGAAAGAUAAAUGAAAAAAGCCAUUGGCAUACACUUGCAUACAUGACACAGAAGAAAAAGAGCCUGAAAUAGGUCACCGUCUCAGGUAGUGCACCUGAAUCUCAUUGUAUGUAAACACAAUGACAAUAAAGGAAUCCUAUUUUA